UGCACUUCUAUCGCCUAUAACAGGAUAUCUCACUGGCGCGAAAAACGCACUGUGUGGCUUUUAUUACACAUUGUGGGGCGGACUCAGUGCCUGCUUCUUAAACCCCGGCGUUUUGGCUUUUUUUUCCGCAGAACUAAAACAAAAGUGGCCUGCGUUGGACAAAACAGCACAUUUGUACCAGUCCAACUACUCGUGGAGCUUGUAUCCGCCUGAUCUCCCACCCGUGGACACUUUGGUCUUUGGCUGUUUGAGGGAUUUUCAAUGCCCUGAAUUUUUGCGCUUGGUCUUUUUUAUUUUUACGCACAACCGGUUGUACAGGACAUUUACCAGAGCCACUACUGGGAAGGAUUUUAUCAACUGGAACAUGGAGUUCGACUGUUACCAGCACUAUUUUCUCGAUGAUUUCGACACCGAGGAGGAUUUUUACAAGUCAACGGCACCAAGUGAGGACAUUUGGAAAAAGUUCGAGCUGCUGCCCACCCCUCCCAUGUCUCCCACCCGGACUGUGCACCUCACCCCAGGAGACAAGCUCAGCUGGUUGUCCAAGUUCUUGGGUCAGGACGAGGAGAGCGAGGGUCAUUUCAUCCCCAACAGAGGGGAGCUGUUCGGUAACCUCAGCUCCAUCAUCAUCCGGGAUUGCAUGUGGAGUAGUUUCUCUGCCAGUAAGCAGCUGGAGAAGGUCAACGGACGGAUAUCAGCGGCGGCGGCGCAGCCCGGUGUCCCCCCGGUGGCCCAGAUCUCCGUCAGACCGGGUAAAGCGCAGUGCGUCUCGGCCGGCGGCGCGCAGCCCACCGCGGCCACAGACUGCGUCGACCCCGCGGCUGUUCUCACCUUCCCCGCAAACAGCUGCAGGAAGCCGGCGUCGUCUGGCUCCGAGUCUCGCUCUGACUCGUCUGAUGAUGAUGAGGAAAUCGAUGUGGUCACCGUUGAGAACAAGCAGAACCGGGUGCGGCUGGUCAAUGUCCGACAACCGGUGACCAUCACAGUCCGUGCAGACCCCUGCCCCAAACGCUUCCACAUGUCAGUACACCGCCAACAACACAACUAUGCAGCCCCCUCUCCAGACAGUGAACCAGAACCAGAGGAGGAUGAGGAGGAAGAAGAGUCUGAGGAAGAGCCACAAAGCAAGCGUCCCUGCACCGCAUCCAAGCACCAGAUGAGCUCCUCUGCUCAGGUGUCCCACCCCUCUUCACCUUCAGAGACCCCCCAGAACUCAGACACAGAGGACACUGACCGCAGGCGAAACCACAACUUCCUAGAGAGGAAGAGGAGGAAUGAUCUCCGGUCUCGCUUCCUCGCUCUGCGGGAUCAGAUCCCGGGUCUGGAGUCGGCCAAGACUCCAAAGGUGGCCAUCCUUACCCAGGCCACAGAGUACCUGGUAGACCUGCACGGCAGGGAGAAACGGCACAUCCAGGAGAAGAAACGCCUCAAAGCCCGUCAGCAGCAGCUUCUGCGCAGACUGUCGGAACUGAAGCGUUCCUAAGACCUGAACCAGCGUGCUUCUAAAACAAACUGCCUCAUGAACUGUGUCAUGAACUUAACCUGUAACUUGAAAUAAGAUACAGUUUUCAAAUAACGAGCCUCAUGUAAAUAGUUCUGAAUUGUUCUUUAAAUGCAUAAUUGUGUGGGCUUCCUAUGAGACACCUUGUCUGGCCAAUGAAUCUGAUGGUGAGGAUCGGCUAGAUCUGUGUGCUAUGAUGUCUUUUACUUUUUAUUGCACAGUGUUUUAGUUUUUUAAAGGAUUUGAUUUGUCUUUUUUUAUUUUUAUCUUUUUUUAUUUUUGAAUUGGUUUUUUUUUUGGACUUUUGGCUUUUUUUUUUUACAGCUAUGACCAACAUAUUUCCUGGUAUGCUGUGGGGAAAGAACCUUUUAAUAUUUACAGUGUGAUAGCGAAUAUAUGUAGCCUUCAGGUUGAGAUGUCUUCAUUUCAUCUUUGCACACUCAUAACAGAGUCAAAUAUAAAUGCCUUCAUGUGUACAUAGGUAUGAAUGAGUCAAACGUUGUUGUUUUUUAUGACUCACUGAUGUACAAAUUGUUAUGUAAAUAAUAGCUUAUUGCUCCAGGAAAUGGAGACAAAAUCAUGAAUUUGUGACCGAGCUUUGAUCCUCUGUAUGACUUGUACCAUGGAGCUUCUAUUUUGUUAAGAAAAUAGGAAAAUGGGCAAAAAAGACAUAAAUAGUCGCACUGCUGUACUUUAUAUCCACGUGUCACUUUGUGAUUUCAAUGCUUCAUCCUGAUUUUAAAGCAUGCUAACAUUGACAACAUUAAAUUUUAUACAAUCUUUGCAUACACA